AUGCAGGUAGACUCAAUGGCUGGCCAAGACAUGAUCAUCGACGCGCAAGCAAUUGCACAGCAAGCACAAGAGAAUGUUGAUAAAAUGGAUGUUGAGUCGGAUGAAGGCGUAGUGCGGCCUAACUUUCCAGCGCUUAGCGCACAGCAGCAAUCUGGUGGCAAGAACGAUUUUCGACGUGUACGGGUGCCGGCUCAUCGGUAUACGCCACUUAAGAACGACUGGCCAAAUAUCAUGAAGCCAAUAAUCGAGCAUUUGAAGCUACAGAUUCGUAUGAACACUAAGACUCGCUGUAUUGAGCUCAAAAAUUCACCACAUACAACGGACGCCGGUGCAUUACAAAAAGCCGCUGAUUUUGUGCAGGCAUACAUGAUGGGCUUUGAAGUACAAGAUGCUGUAGCAUUACUACGUCUUGAAGAUCUUUUUAUUGAUACAUUUGAGGUCAACGAUGUCAAGAUGCUCAAGGGUGACCACUUAAGUCGUGCCAUUGGUCGCGUAGCAGGACAGGACGGCAAGACAAAGUAUGCAGUGGAAAAUGCCACUCGUACACGAAUUGUGCUCGCCGAUCAAAAAAUUCACAUCCUCGGCUCGUUUGCUAACAUUAAACUCGCACGGGAUGCAAUCUGCUCACUUAUCAUGGGCGCCCCGCCUGGCAAGGUGUACAACAAGAUGCGUAAUGUAGCAAGUAGGAUGAAUGAGCGAUUCUAG